GCUAUGGGAUUCGAAGUGAGUCACUGUGUCAAAGUUUUAGUUUUCAUUAUACUAUCAUAAGGUAGUAUAAGGAGAGUUCACAAUGAGAACUAAAUCCUUUUGUCAAGGGGCUCUUUUGGGCUCCUUGGUUUGCUUCUUGCUUGUUGUGAGUUGCUAUGGUGAGCAAGACCAAACCACUUCAGGACUUGGUGUACCAUCUCAUAACGAAGAGUUCAAUACAGCUGCAGACCUUGAUGAAGGGAAAUUCAAGAAACCUAUUCCUUUUUUUAAGAAGCCAUUCCCACCAAAAAUUCCAAUUUUCAAGAAGCCAAUUCCUCAUCCAAUUCCAAUUGUUAAGAAGCCAUUACCACCAAUUCCAAUUGUCAAGAAGCCAUUACCACCGCUUCCACACUUCAAGAAACCAUCUCUUCCACCACUUCCACCUAUCAAGAAGCCACUUCCACAUUUCAAGAAGCCACUACCAAUUAAGAAGCCUCUCCCACCUAUUCCGGAUUUGAAGAAACCAUUUCUUGAUGAGAAACCUAUUCCAUUUUUUAAGAAGCCUCCAAUUCCAGCAUUCAAAAAGCCAUUUCCCCAUCCAAUUCCAAUAAUAAAGAAGCCACUUCCACCAUUUAAGAAGCCUUUCCCACCUAUUCCAGAUUUGAAGAAACCAUUUCUUGAUGAGAAACCUAUUCCAUUUGUAAAGAAGCCUCCAAUUCCAGUAUUCAAAAAGCCAUUUCCCCAUCCAAUUCCAAUAAUAAAGAAGCCAUUCCCACCUCUUAAGAAGCCACUCUUUCCCCCUUUCCCAAUUCACAAACCAAUUGUCAAGAAACCUAUUCCUUAGGGAAAAAAAAGGAUUGCUAUAGUAGUACUAUAGUGAUUUAAUAAAGUGGAAAGAAUGAGUAAUUCUUAUCUAUUUAUGUAAAUCACAUGAUGUUAUUAUUAUUGUUGAAUGGCUCCCUUUCCCAUCAAAUAUUAAAAAGUGGAUUGUAGUCCACAAAAUUA